AUGGUUGACGCAGAGCAGGCACGCCAGGCUCCAGACAUUGUGCCAGGACCCGAUGACCCUGCCUUCGACGCCCCCAAAGAACGCCGUCUCAAACGCUCCAGUACAGUCCCCAAGAAACCAGAAUCUGGAGGAAUCAUGGGUCUUUUCGGCUCCCUGAGAAAAAGCACCCGCCCCGAGAUGCCUGAACGCCGGAAAUCUCGCUCCCACCGCGACGAGGAAUCCAGAGGCUUCACCGAGACAGAGCGUGACGACCCCCGUCGGCCACGAAGAGACGAUCGACGUCGCCGAUCCGUGAGACCUGAUACAGACGCUGAAGGGUUUACAACCGACGUUGCAGGUGCCGCAGGUGGUGAAACAGAAGCGGAAGACGCCGAAGCUCGCCGAGCAGCCCGACGCUCCAAACGCUCUUCUCGACAAGCACCGUCCGAGGCCCGCGAAAUGGAAGCACGAGAAGCCGAAGAAAGACACGCACGACGAAAAGAAAGGGAACGAGAGCGCCAAGCUCGUGAACAACGUGCCCGUGAGGAAGAAGAGCAGCGACGCCUCGAGGAGAAGGAAGCUCGACGCGCAGCUCGUGAAAAACGUCGUGCCAGAGAAGAACAGGCGGCUCGUGAAGCCGAAGCUGCUGCUGAAGCCAAGGCAGCUGAGCGCCGCGAGCGCAGACGCCAGCGUGAAGAGGAGGAGAGAGCUACUAAAGCGUCGCGCCGCCGUUCACGAGUUGAGCCAGCAGACGCGUUCCCCACCGAGGAUCAAGAGAACGAUCGUCGUCGCGGUCCACGAACGGCGGACGACUCCAAGGCCCGUCGUCGCAAGUCCAAGGCAGUACCGCCGCCAGAACAGUCCCGUGAGCCACUAAGAACGGGUGGUAUCAACCACGGUAACAUGGGUGGUAACAAGAAGGACAAGAUCUCGUCCUGGGUCUAUUCGCAGGCUGACGAGCCGCCAGAGCCCCCGCCAAUCGUGCCGACUGUCCUCGACGUCCCCCCGGUAGCCGCUGGCGAUGGGCAAAAUGGCCACUCUCUUUCUUCCGACGAAGAGGCCCGUCGAGCCGUCCGUCGUCGUGCCAGACGCCGGGAGAAGUAUGGUGAUAUGCCUGAUGAAGAAUAUGACGAGCUCCGGGAUCGGAGGAAAGCCGGUCGUGUUAAGAGCAGUUCAGGCAGUGGAGACUACGAGCGGGAUCGUGGAAUGCGGUCUCAUGGAAGUCGACAUGGAGAUCGAGAGCGGGGACCGCCUAACUCUGGACCGAAGAAGUCGAGUUGGUUCAAGAAACUGACUACUUUCUAA